GCCGCAACAAAUCCAGCUAGUCAACGGCGUCGUGUUCUCGAAAAAUCUUCUCCCUGCCUCUGCGUAGCUCUUCUCGCCCCCGCUUGUCUCCGCCGCGGGCGCGGCCGGCGCUCGGCCGUCCGCACACGACGCAACGCCCCGCCCCGCCCUCCGCUCCCACUGUUCGGUCGGCCCAAGAUCCUCAUCCGAACUUAAGACAAAAUGGGCUCAAGAGUUUUUGCUUUGUUCAUCACUGGCGUUGUCCUUUUGGGCAGUAGAAUCUUGGCCUUGGACCACACUGUUGUUGAAAAGAGAUUAAAUGAGAACACGGUAUCACUUACAACAAAGGGAAGUCCACAACUAUGCCAACUUUGUGAGCAGUUUGCCACAGAAACCCUCUUCUAUUUGAAGGAGAAUGAGACCCGGAUCGAAAUUAUAGAUACUCUUCACCAAGCUUGUUUGAAAUUUCAUUCACUUAAGUUAGAGUGUACAAAGUUGGUUGAUUAUUAUGCAGCACUGUUCUUCGCACAAAUUGAUUCUCUAAGCCCUGAAGAAUUUUGCGUAUCAGCAAGUCUUUGUGAGGAAGUUACAUACAUUCGCCUCCCAGGACAUGAACAUGCUUGCACCCUUUGCCAUGAGGUUGUUGAUGAGAUUCGUACUGGUCUUGAAGACCCUGAGAUGGAGCUCAAGAUAAUCGAGAUACUUCUGAAAGGAUGCAACAACACAGAGAGCUUCGUACAGAAGUGCAAGAAGAUGAUAAUCCAAAAUGCACCACUCAUACUAGAAGAUAUCAAGAAGUUUCUCGAGAAGAGAGAUUUCUGCGAUUCUAUCCGUGUCUGUGGAGGCAAAAUUGCUCGCCCUCCAGGAGGAGGUCUGAGAGGCCUGUCUACUGUGUGAGCUCUUUCUUUUCCUGAACACGCAUGACGAUUGCGUGGCAUUUAAUGAAGAACACGGGGGCUAUCUGACCUCACGCGGUGAUGUUUAGAAGAAAGAUUGGUGGUGUAAGUCUACGAACGAAAAGAUCUUCCAUAAUGCUAUUUCCGAGCAGUGUACUCCCUCCGUCCCAAAAUUCUUGUCUUAGAUUUGUCUAGAUACGGAUGUACCUAACACUAAAACGUGACUUGAUACAUCCGUAUUUGGACAAAUCUAAGACAAGAAUUUUGAGACGGAGGGAGCAUAUAUUAUACAGCAUUGGCAUUGUACCUGUGGAGAAGUGUAUAUAUUAUCACAGUCAUCAAAUGAAAUUUCUGUGAUAGUUGUUGCUACAUGAUCGUUCAUGGAACGUAAGCAAAAUGUAUGCUUAAAGUGUAGAGCAUAUACGCGUGUAAACAAAUUAUGAACUAUGUGCAGUGGACUUUUAUUUAUGAUGCA